AUGUCGUUCCAUUCAGCUUCGCCAGAGGAGCUGAAUCUCUUUCCCGUCAAUAAUAAUACUCUACCUACGAAUUUGACCGCCACUUUUCCCCGCCACGCGGGUGACGAACCCCCGAGCUCUCGCAGCUGUGUGACCUGCCGCCGCAGAAAAGUCCGAUGCAAUAAGAGGUCCCCGUGUUCGAAUUGUACCAAAGCCGGUAUCGAUUGCAUUUUCCCCCCUCCUGGCCGUGCGCCGCGGAAAUCCAAGCGCCCACCGGACGCGGAGUUGCUUUCGCGGUUGCGUCGUUUGGAGGGUGUUAUUGAUCACCUUAGAAGCGGUGGUAAUACAGAAGGUGCAUCAACAUCGGCCCAGGCACGGUCAUCUACGCCUGGAUCCUCGACCGGUCGCAGCGAACCGACUGCGCCUACGUCUGCCUCGACCGAGCCACAGAAACCACCGAACCAGGCUGACGGCGGACGUCCCUGUCCGUUCGAAGAAUCGGAUCCGAAGAAACUUGCUCCCAAAAAGUUUGAAAAUGAAUUUGGGCGGUUGGUCAUUGAUGAAGGCCGGAGCCGAUAUGUCAGCAAUCGGCUCUGGACUAGUCUAGGGGACGAGAUCGAGGAGCUGCAAGAUAUCAUUGAUCACACAUCGUCAGAGGAAGAUGAUACACCUUCACCGGAAUCUUCUCACUCCGGUUCACAUGACGGGUUCCUUCUUGGAUUCUACUCACUUUCAAAAUCUCUUCAAGAAUUUCAUCCCCCCACGCCCAAGGUUGCAAUACUUUGGGAAGCAUAUCGGGAAAACGUGGCUCCUUUGAUCACCAUCGUACACCGACCGACUGCUAAAGACCUAUUUGCCGAGGCAGCACGGUACCCAGAUGCACUGGACAAAAAUUCAGAGGCACUGGUAUUUGCCAUGUAUCUCUGUAGCCUUGUCAGCAUGAAACCUGACGAGUGCUUGAGCCGGUUCGGCGAAGACCGAUCUACUGCUGUCAAGCGGUACAGGUUUGCUACAGAGCAAGCGCUGGCAAAAGCCGGGUUAUUGAAUACACAAAGCCUGGUCCUUCUACAGGCCGCUGUCUUAUUCUUGGUCUGCGUGCGACGAGAAGAUGAUAGCAAGUUUGUGUGGUCCAUGACAUCGGUCAUAUUGCGCCUUGCUCAGGGCUUAGGCUUACACCGGGAUGGCACCAAUUUCUCUCUGAAACCUUUCGAAACAGAGAUGCGACGCCGAUUAUGGUGGCAUAUCUCGCUGUUGGAUGUCCGCUCAUCUGAAGAUCAUGGGACGGACCCGCUCAUUCACGAGAACAUGUACGAUACUCUACUGCCAUUAAAUAUCAACGAGGACGACCUGUCGCCUGACAUGGAAGAGCCUCCCAAAGAGCGAGAAGGCUACACGGAUGCAACAUUCUGCCUCAUUCGCUGUGAGAUCACGAGCGCUUUGCGGAGAGCAAAUUACGUCUGCCCCAGGGCCCAGUUUCGUGCACCUAACAGUUUACCGCCCGUAGAUCGUGCUGGGCGGAUGAUUCAAAUUAUCAGUGAUCGAUGUGAACAACGGUAUAUCAGGCACUGUGAUAUGAACAUCCCCGUGCAGUGGUGCUCCGCCACAGUUGGGCGUCUGAUCCUUGCUAAGUUAUGGUUGAUCGUCCAUCACCCAAUGACCCGAAGAGACCGCGGAAAUGUGUCACAAGCAACCCGAGAGAGCUUGUUUCUGACUGCAAUCGAGGUCCUCGAGUUUGGCCACUUGCUUGAAACUGAUCCCAAGACCGCCAAAUGGGGCUGGUUGUUCCGGACCAAUAUGCAAUGGCACGGAGUCGCGUUUGUUCUGUCCGAAAUAUGUGUCCGACCAAUUUGCCCUAUGACAGAUCGAGCUUGGACCGCUGUCAGUUCGAUCUACACGGAAUGGGCCGCGCAGGCCACGCAUAAGAAGGGCAUGCUGUGGCGGCCGCUCGCCGCCUUGAUGAAAAGAGCUUCUGCCACUCGGUCCAAGCAACAGCAAGAAUUGCUAUACGAUUUUGGACCAUUACCCACCAGAACAGAGCCCAUUCAAAGUAUCUCUAAUAACAAUGCCCUUCCCCGGAUUCAUAUGCCAACGGGGAUGUUGGAUUCGCCCCCAACAAAUCGACCAGGCCCAACAGAACAGGUUAUAGGUGAUGCAGACUACAAUAUUGACCUCAGAAAUGGACCAAUAGGUGUUUUUCAAGACAUGUUCCCUGGCACGAACAUCCUAGCGACAUCAAACGAUCUAUUCGAUGCUCCACCGGCCCAGAAUAAUGUCUCGGCACCAAGCUUUCUUGCAGGCCUGCCCCACAACACAGACACGAGCAAUCCAUUCUUGAAUCAGAUUCCACUUCCCGAGGCCGCUCAGCUCAGCUGGGAGGAAUGGGACCAAGUCAUGCGUGAUUUCCAGAUGGAUGUUGAAAAUGAGGAUUCUCAGCGAGCCAACACAACCAAUGUCACCGAAUGGUUUGUCUAG